CGCAUAGCUUUGCAGAAGGAAGGCUUCGAGCAGGUCUUCCCCAAAGGUCCAGCUUUGAAAAAGGGGUCCGUCUGCAAAAAAAAGGCCAGCGAGGCUCAACAACGACGUAGAGGAAAGCCGCAUGUCUUUCCAGUUCUCCGUUGGACCUUAGGAUGGAAGCCAUUGCGCUUUACAACUUCCAGGCAGAAGAGAAGGAUGAACUUGCCUUCAAGAAAGGAGACACGCUCAAGAUCCUGAACAUGGAAGAUGACCUCAACUGGUACAAAGCUGAGCUCUUUGGCGUCGAGGGAUUCGUCCCCAAAAAUUACAUCAAAAUGCGGCCUCAUCCGUGGUACUCUGGCAAGAUUUCGCGGCAAGGGGCCGAAAAAGCGCUCCUCAAACGCCAGUUUCGGGGAGCCUUUCUCAUUCGAGAGAGUGAGAGCAGCCCCGGAGACUUCUCCAUCAGCGUAAACUGCAGCGACGAAGUCCUCCACUUCAAGGUCCUCCGGGAGAAGAGAGGGAAGUACCACCUCUGGGACGAGAAGUUCAACUCCAUCAACGAACUGGUGGAUUUCUACCGGAGCCACAGCAUCGGCAAGAAGCAGGAGGUCUUCCUCCGAGACCACGGCGAAAUGCAAGAGCCCAAGAAGGCAAAGUUCGUCCAAGCCCAGUUCAAUUUCUCGGCCGAAAACCCUUCCCAGCUGAGUUUCCGCAGAGGAGACGUUCUUGAGAUCCUGGACGCUUCCGACCCCAAUUGGUGGAAAGGGAAGAUCGGGGUCAAAACGGGCCUCUUGCCCCGGAACUAUGUCUUCCCCUUGCGCCUGUGAUCCAUUUUUGACCAAAAACCAAUUGGGAGGCUGGUUUGUUCAGCUGUCCGAAACAUCUCCAGAACUUCUUUGGUAGACCUCAAUGGCUCUCCUUCUUGGAUCUCCUUCCAGAAAAUGAUGGACAUCGGUGGGAAAAUGUUUUUCAUACCAAACUUUGGUUUUCAAGCUCUUUGGACUCAUGACCGCAAGAUGCAAAACUAUGGGUGCUUCUAAAUCAAUCACUUCCAACCCUUGGCUAGAGAGCAUCUACACUGUCAAAUGAAUAGGAGUUGUAGUUCUGCAGUAUCUUGACCCUUCCCUGCCAAAGACUGUCCAGACUUUGGUUGAACUGGCAUGGCUCAAUGCCAUGCAUUCCUGGGAAUAGUCAUUUGGCAAGGUCUUGAGCGUUCUCUGCCAUGACUUAAUGUGAUGGAAUCUUGGGAGUUGUAGUUUUGCAAGAUCUUGAGCCUUCUCUGCCAUGGCUCAGAGCCAUGCAAUCCUGGGAGUAGUAGUUUUACAAGAUAUUGAACUUCUUUUGCCAUGUCUGAAUGCCAUGCAAUCCUGGGAGUAGUAGUUUUGCAAGGUCUUGAGCCUUCUCUGCCAUGGCUCAAUCCUGGGAGUAGUAGUUUUGCAAGGUCUUGAACCUUAUUUGCCAUGGCUUCAUGCCGUGCAAUGCUAGGAGUUGUAGUUUUGCAAGGUCUUCAGCUUUCUCUGCCAUGGCUUAAUAUGGUGGAAUCCUAGGAGUUGUAGUUUUGCAAGAUCUUGAGCCUUCUCUGUCAUGGCUUAAUGUGAUGGAAUCCUGGGAGUUUUAGUUUUGCAAGGUCAUGAGCCUUCUCUGCCAUGGCUCAAUGCUGGAGUAGUAGUUUGCAAGGUCUUGAGUUUUCUCUGCCAUGGCUUAAUGUGAUGAAAUCCUGGGAGUUGUAGUUUUGCAAGGUCUUGAACCUUCUUUGCCAUGGCAGAAAGCCGUGCAAGGCUGGAAGUUAUAGUUUUGCAAGAUUUUGAGCUUUCUUUGCCAUAUCUGAAUGCCAUGUAAACAUGAUAGUUGUACUUUUACAAUGUCUUGAGCCUUCUUUUCCAUGGCAGAAAGCCGUGGAAGGCUGGAAGUUAUAGUUUUGCAAGAUUUUGAGCUUUCUUUGUCAUAUCUGAAUGCCAUGCAAACAUGAGAGUUGUAGUUUUACAAGGUCUUGAGCCUUCUUUGCCAUGGCAGAAAGCCGUGCAAUGCUGGGAGUUGUAGUUUUGCAAGAUUUUGAGCUUUCUUUGCCAUAUCUGAAUGCCAUGCAAACAUGAGAGUUGUAGUUUUACAAGGUCUUGAGCCUUCUUUGCCAUGGCAGAAAGCCGUGCAAUGCUGGGAGUUGUAGUUUUACAAGAUCUUGAGCUUUCUUUGCCAUAUCUGAAUGCCAUGCAAACAUGAGAGUUGUAGUUUUGCAAGGUCUUGAGUCUUCUUUGCCAUAGCUCUGUGCAACAGAAUCCUGGAGACAGCAGUUCAGUGAGGAACCAUAACGCCUUGGCAGAGAAACUGGACCAUCUGGGAUUCCAUAGCAUUGAGUUAUGGUAACCAAAGUGGUGUCAAACUGCACUGAUUCGACAGUGUAGAUGCAUUCUAGCAGAGGCUUCAGCAGUUUGCUUUUGCUGGAGCUGACUAGGAAGGACAAAAAUCCACUCCAGUUGCAAACCUGGUUUUCCACUUUGCAGCAAUGGAAGGAAGCUGAGGAUGAAGGAGGAGAAGGGGGGAGAUAAACCGGGACAUUUUAAAAGCAGCCAAAAUAGUUGGAUGGCAGAGGAGUAAUCUGGACAAUCCUUGCUGAACA